AUGACGGCAAGGACCGUCUCCAGGGCCAGGCUAGGCCUUGGGCUGGUGGCCUUGGUUCUGGCGCAGCAGCAGCUGACCGUGGUUGCCAUCGAGAACGCGGAGUUCUCCGUGAUCCCAGACGUCGCUCCGUGGCCUAAGACUUUGCCCGUGGACAGGGCAUUCCCGACCAACCUGCCGCCGGGGCUGCCGAUAAACCUUCCUCCCGCGCCGUCGGUGCUGGUGCCCGGCCCCCAGGCCGGGUGCGCCACCACCGUGCGCGAGGUGCUCACGAAGAACGGCCGCUCCGCCUUCAUAGCACUGCUCUCGUCCUCACCUGAGGGCCGCGGCGUGCUCGACGGCUCGCUGGCCGCGACGGUCCUCGCGCCCACAGACGCGGCGAUCGCGGGGCUGCGCGUGCUCGGGGCAAACGCCGACCCGGCGCAGGCCGCUAUGGUGGCGCAGUACCACGUGCUGCAAGGCCGCCUGCCGCUGCAGCAGAUGCUUGUCGAGCCGGGGCUGUGGCUCAACUCGUCGCUCACCAAGGCCACGUGCCCGACCGCCUUCCAGACGCUCACCGUGCUGCCGGGCAACGCGACCGCUGUCAAGCCCUCCCCCGAGGCCUACGUGCGUGGUGCAGAGAACACCGCCCGCAUCACCGUCGCAGACCUGCCCGCGUGCAACGCGGUGGUCCACCUCCUGGACUCGGCGCUGCAGCCCUGCUGCACCAGCGUGUUUGAGCAGCUGCCGCAAUUCAGCGUCGUGAAGAUCCAGCCCAGCUACUUUGACGGUUACCGGCAGCAGGAGCCGCCAACCAACGACGACGGCUCCAACAGGCGGCUGUUUGAGGAGUCCAUGGUCGACCUGCUGCUGGUGGGUGGCGUCGAGUGA